AUGGAGAGGAGUGACAAAAGUGGCGAGAGGAAGUUUGAGAAGAGCUAUUUUGACGUGUUGGGACUUUGCUGUUCAUCUGAAGUUCCGUUAGUGGAGAGGAUACUGAAUUCGCUUGACGGCGUUAAGGACUUUUCGGUUAUAGUCCCGACCAAGACAGUGAUCGUCGUUCACGAUUCGCUCAUCACCUCCAAGAUUCAAAUAGUCAAGGCACUGAACCAAGCUCGACUAGAGGCGAACAUCAGAGCAUACGGCGAAACCAGCUAUAAGAACAAAUGGCCAAGCCCCUAUGCUAUCAUAAGUGGUUUAUUACUAAUGCUCUCAUUUUUGAAGUACUUUUACAGCCCUCUUGGAUGGCUGGCCAUAGGUGCAAUAGCUGUUGGGAUUGUGCCCAUCACCCUCAAGGCUUUUGCUUCACUUCGUAAUCUCACCAUUGACAUCAAUAUUCUUGUUUUGAUCGCAGUUUCAGGAUCAGUUGCCCUUCAUGAUUACUGGGAAGCUGCAACUAUUGUUUUCCUAUUUACAGUAGCAGAGUGGUUAGAGUCAAGAGCAAGUCAUAAGGCAACCGCAGUGAUGUCAUCAUUAGCCACCGUGGUUCCUCAAAGAGCGGUCCUAGCCGACACAGGCGAAGAAGUCAAUGCAGAUGAAGUCAAACUGAACACCGUUUUAUCCGUGAAGGCCGGUGAAGUCAUACCUAUAGACGGAGUUGUUGUUGAUGGUAAUUGCGAAGUUGACGAGAAGUAUUUAACAGGAGAGUCAUUUCCUGUUUCGAAGCAAAAGGAGUCCACUGUCUGGGCCAGCACUAUCAAUCUCAAUGGGUACAUUACGGUUAAAACCACAGCGGUUGCUGAAGAUUGUGUGGUGACGAGGAUGGUGAAGCUUGUGGAAGAUGCUCAGAACAAGAAAUCGAGAACUCAGAGAGUUAUAGACAAGUGUGCCAAAUACUACACGCCUGCCAUAGUGGUGAUAUCAGCUUCUCUGGCCCUUGUCCCUGUUGCAUUCCCAGUUCACAAUAAGAAACAAUGGUUUCAUCUCUCUCUAGUCAUUUUGGUUAGCGGUUGCCCAUGUCCCCUUCUCUUAUCCACACCAGUUGCCAUGUUCUGUGCACUCUCAAAAGCAGCAAGGUUUGGAGUCCUAGUUAAAGGAGCUGAGCAUCUAGAGACCCUCGCCCGAGUAAAGAUCAUGGCCUUUGACAAAACCGGCACCAUAACAAGGGGUUACAUCCUCGUGGCUGAUUUUAGAUCACUUCAGGAUAAUCUUAGCUUCCACACAUUGUUGUACUGGAUUUCAAGCAUCGAGAGCAAGUCGAGUCACCCGAUGGCAGCGGCCCUUGUUGAAUUUGCGAGGGCGCGUGGUGUCCACCCAGAGCCGGAGAAAGUGGAGAGCUUCGAGAUUUUUGCAGGGGAAGGGAUACACGGGAGGAUUGAGGAUCGCGACGUAUAUGUCGGGAACUGGAAAAUUGGUUCCCGAGCGGGUUGUGCUGAUCAUCCAAAGCUUGAAGGUUACGAGACAGAGGGAAAGUCGGUUGGGUACGUUUUCUUGGGCUCCUCUCCAGCCGGCAUAUUCUGUUUAUCAGACAUUUGCCGAACUGGAGCCGAAGAAGCACUGAAGGAGCUCAAGUCGAUGGGCAUCAAGCCUGUUAUGCUGACAGGGGAUUCUUAUGAAGCUGCCAACCAUGCAAAAAAUCAGUUAGGAGGAGCCCUGGAGAUGGUCCACGCAGAGCUCCUCCCCCAGGACAAGGAAAGAAUUAUCAAGGAGCUCCAAGAGACGGUGGGGCCCACAGCCAUGGUGGGCGACGGCUCGAACGACGCCCCUGCACUGGCCUCAUCAAACGUGGGCAUCUCGAUGGGUGUGUCGGGGUCGGCGCUGGCCACAGAAACUGGGGACAUCGUCCUCAUGUCUAACGACAUCGGCCGCAUCCCCAAGGCAGCACGGCUAGCCAGACGCGUCCGCCGCAAGAUCAUGGAGAAUGUGGCCCUGUCAGUAUCCACAAAGGCCGCAAUUGUGGGGCUGGCGGCCGCCGGCCACCCCCUCGUCUGGGCUGCAGUGCUCGCAGACGUGGGCACCUGCCUGCUCGUCAUAUUCAACAGCAUGCUGCUAUUGAGGGGAGUUGCAAUGCCCCAUGCCCAUGCCCAUGCCCACUCUCCAAAGGGAUGCUGCAGCAGCCAGGAUUUAAAGGAAUCCUCAGCCCAUGCUUGUUGUGGAGAAAAGGGCCAACCGUGUGUGCCUCCACAGCAGUUGGAUGGGCAGAGUCUGACAACCAUCAACAUUCGCAGUGUCACAAUCAUCAUCAACAUCAACAUUCAAAAAAUCAAGCUGCUGCUGAGGAUCAUUGUGCUUCAGAAACAAAACACGACCACGGAAGAGAAUGCUGCAACAAAAAUAUCGGACAACUAG